CGUCGCGCCGUCCCGGGGCUGCUCCCGGCCCCCGGCCCCCCGUCCCGGCUGGGCAGCUCGCGGGGGGCCCGCGGCACUGCUGCCCUCCAUGGAAGGGGGACGGGAGCCGGGGAGCAGCCGCUGGCCCCAGGGUGGAAGAUGCAGGGCCGAAGCCCCCAGCUGAGCAUGGAGCUGAACAGACUGCUCCUCCUCACAUCCUUUCUCCUGAAUAUGGAAGAGGGUCACGCCAGCCCAACCCGGCUGGUCUGUGACAACAGACUCAUCCAGAAGUACAUCGGGGAAGCCAAGGACAUGGAGAAGAGAGUGGACCAGUGCCAGGCCCUGCCUAUGCUCAGCUGCCCCGUGGUCCUGCCCUUGGUGGACUUCAGCCUCCAGCAGUGGAAAUCUCAAUCGAACGAGAGCAAGCGGCAGGAGAUCCUCUGCGACCUGUCCCUGCUGGUGGCUGCAGUGGCCGGGGCACAGAGGCAGGUGCCCCACGAGUGUGGGAACAGGCAGCUGAGCCAGCUUUACCGACACGCCAGCUCCUUCCUCCUGCUCCUGCAGACCUUCAGCUGGGAGGCAGGGCCCUGGGAGCCAGGCUGCUCCCCACGCUCCGUGGAGCAGAUGCACGUCAGCGGCAUCUUCCUCACCUACCGGCAGCUGGUGCAGGGCAAGCUGCGCUUCUUCUUCCACCACCUGGCCAAGGACUUGUGCACACGAGGCCAGGGGGGUGGCAGAGAGCCUCGCUGAGGCCUCGCCCCCGGCCCCAGGUCAGAGCAAUCCUGCUGGGCAAGCUGUGCUCUGGGAAAGGGUUGGCUCCUGUUACUCCAGCCACCUCCGAGGCAGGCGGCAGCAGCACCCCGCACCAGCUGGCACAGGCCGUGCUCCCACGCGGGCAGGCACCUCUA